UCGCUGAUCUGCAGGGUGGGAGAGAAGAGUAAUUCGUCUUUGGAGAGCAACUUGGAGGGCCUAGCUGGUGUUUUGGAAGCUGAUCUACCAAAUUACAAAAGCAAGAUACUAAGAAUACUAUGUACUGUUGCACGUCUGUUACCAGAGAAGCUUACUGUUUACACGACACUAGUUGGGUUGCUGAACGCCAGGAACUACAAUUUUGGUGGGGAGUUCGUAGAAGCCAUGAUUCGACAGCUUAAAGAAUGUCUGAAAGUCAACAUGUAUAACGAAGCUGUGCAUUUAGUUCGUUUUCUGUCUGAUCUUGUGAAUUGUCACGUAAUAGCUGCACCUUCAAUGGUAGCUAUGUUUGAGAACUUUGUGAGUGUGACACAGGAGGAAGAUGUACCCCAAGUACGAUGUGACUGGUAUAUGUUUGCAUUUCUGUCAUCUUUGCCCUGGGUUGGAAAGGAGUUAUAUGAGAAAAAGGAUGCUGAAAUGGAUCGUCUCUUGUCUCAGACAGAAAGCUAUUUGAAACGCCGCCAGAAGAUUCACGUACCCAUGCUGCAAGUUUGGACCGCUGAUAAACCACAUCCACAAGAAGAGUAUUUGGACUGCCUUUGGUCUCAGAUUCAGAAGUUGAAAAAAGACCGCUGGCAAGAACGACACAUUCUGAGGCCCUACUUGGCUUUUGACAGCAUUCUUUGUGAAGCACUGCAACACAAUCUGCCUCCGUUCACUCCUCCACCUCACACGGAAGAUUCAGUGUACCCAAUGCCAAGGGUUAUUUUUAGGAUGUUUGACUACACAGAUGACCCUGAGGGCCCUGUCAUGCCUGGCAGCCACUCUGUUGAACGAUUUGUAAUAGAAGAGAACCUUCACUGCAUCAUCAAAUCCCACUGGAAAGAGAGAAAGACUUGUGCUGCACAGCUGCUGAGCUAUCCAGGAAAUAACAAGAUCCCCUUGAACUACCACAUAGUAGAGGUAAUAUUUGCAGAAUUGUUUCAACUUCCAUCUCCACCGCACAUUGAAGUCAUGUACACAACGCUCCUGAUUGAACUGUGCAAACUUCAGCCUGGCUCUUUACCACAAGUUCUUGCACAAGCCACAGAAAUGCUCUACAUGCGUUUGGAUACAAUGAAUACGACAUGUGUGGACAGAUUUAUUAACUGGUUUUCUCACCACUUGAGCAACUUCCAGUUCCGUUGGAGCUGGGAAGAUUGGUCAGAUUGUCUUACUCAGGACCUGGAAAAGCCCAAACCCAAAUUUGUGAGAGAGGUUUUGGAGAAGUGCAUGCGACUCUCCUACCAUCAGCGAAUAAUAGACAUUGUUCCUGCAAGUUUUUCUGUCCUCAGUCCUGCUAAUCCAGUGUGCAUUUACAAGUAUGGAGAUGAAAGUAAUAGGUCUCUUCCUGGAUAUACUGUGGCACUCUGUUUAACAAUCGCAAUUAAAAAUAAGGCCAGUAAUGAUGAAAUCUUCAGUAUUUUAAAAGAUGUGCCUAAUCCUAACCAGGAUGAUGAUGAUGAUGAAGGAUUUACCUUCAACCCUCUGAAAAUAGAAGUCUUUGUUCAGACUCUGCUCCAUCUAGCUGCAAAGUCUUUCAGCCACUCCUUCAGUGCCCUGGCAAAGUUUCAUGAAGUCUUCAAAACACUUGCUGAAAGUGAUGAGGGGAAACUCCAUAUUCUGAGGGUUGUAUAUGAGGUUUGGAAGAAUCAUCCACAGAUGAUUGCUGUGCUUGUGGACAAAAUGAUUCGGACACAAAUUGUUGACUGUGCUGCAGUAGCAAACUGGAUCUUCUCUUCAGAGCUUGCACAUGAUUUUACUAGGUUUUAUAUCUGGGAGAUCUUACAUUCCACAAUUCGUAAGAUGAACAAGCAUGUUCUGAAGAUUCACAAAGAGCUGGAGGAGACCAAGGCAAGAUUGGCCAGGCAGCACAAAAGACGAGACAGUGAUGAUGAUGAUGACGACGAUGACCGAAGCAGCGAUCGGGAAGAUGGACCGCUAGAAGAGCAGAUAGAGCGCUUGCAGGAAAAAGUAGAGUCAGCCCAGAGCGAGCAAAAGAAUCUCUUUCUUGUUAUAUUCCAGCGUUUCAUUAUGUUGUUAACUGAGCACUUAGUGCGCUGUGAGACUGGUGGAAUUGAUGUAUUUACGCCUUGGUACAAGAGCUGUAUAGAGAGGUUGCAGCAGAUCUUCCUGCAGCAUCACCAGAUAAUCCAGCAGUACAUGGUGACCCUAGAGAACCUCCUGUUUACAGCUGAACUGGACCACCACAUACUGGCUGUGUUUCAGCAGUUCUGUGCUCUGCAGGCUUGAGGAUUAUUCAUGCGCAGAGUCUUGUCUGCAGGACUUUGAUGGCAUUUAAUCUUUUUUUUUUUUUUUAACAGUAAAACUUGACAUGGGGAUGGAAGAAAUUUUUGACUAAAACUGGCUUUCAUGUGCUC